AAAAGCUAGGGCUAGCAAGCAAUCAAUCCACAUUCGCACUUACAAACCUCACGGGUGCCGACGAAGUUCUACCGUCUGCCGCCGAAGCUGUCCCUCUCGCCGACGAAUUCCCGCCGUCUGCGAGGUCUCAUCCGCCCAAAAAAGCCCUGCUCAGCCGCGAGUUCCGACAAAGUUCCGCAGUCCGCAAGGUCCCGUUCGUUCGCCCAGCCCAGCCGCGAUUGCCGACGAAGGAGGUCAAUUUGAGUUUAUGCUAGAUGGCAACAAGAUCCGACCAAGAUAUUGAUGAUGAUUUUAGUGAAAUUUACAAGGAGUACACUGGACCUUUAGGAUCAAAUGCCACCAAUUCACAAGAAAGGGCGAAGGCAAACAAAAGGUCUCAUGCAGGUUCUGACGAGGAAGAGGAAGCUCGUGACCCCAAUGCUGUUCCAACUGAUUUUACUAGCCGAGAAGCUAAAGUUUGGGAAGCAAAGUCUAAAGCUACUGAGAGGAAUUGGAAGAAAAGGAAGGAAGAAGAAAUGAUUUGUAAAAUAUGUGGAGAAUCUGGUCACUUUACUCAGGGGUGUCCUUCUACGCUUGGAGCAAAUCGAAAGUCUCAAGAUUUCUUUGAAAGGGUACCUGCCAGAGAAAAACAUGUCAAGGCACUUUUCACAGAGAAGGUGACAAACAAAAUAGAAAAGGAUAUUGGCUGCAAAAUUAAGAUGGAUGAAAAGUUUAUUAUUGUUAGUGGCAAGGAUAGAUUAAUUUUAGCAAAAGGUGUGGAUGCUGUGCGCAAAGUGAUAGAGGAGGGAGACCGCAGAGGUUCAUCUAGUUCUCAGGUCACGAGAUCUAGGUCACCCGAUCGAAGUCCUGUAGGGUCACGGUUACAGCGUUCUGACUCUCAAAGAUCCCAUUCUGGUCCUCGAGGUGCACCUCAGUUUCAACAGAGGUUUCACAGGCAAGAGAAACUUCUGGAAGACCACAUACGUGAUAAUCUGCAGAAGUAUUCAAGAGAUUCUCCACAAGCUUAUGGUAAUGAUGGAGCUAGGGGCCGUUCAAGCCAUUCAAAAUCUCCGGGACAAUCCCCUUACAUGAGCAACAACACAUAUGGUUCAUACGAUGGUCGUAAUCAAACUAUGGGUGCUUAUAGAACUGAUGGAUGGGAUUCUGAGAGAAAAGGUCCUGACAUGCAAUCUGGUCCCCAGUUUGAUCACCCAGCCUUCCCUACAUUAGAGCAGUUAGAGAUGGAGUUUAAAAAGGAGGCAAUGGAACUUGGGAAGAUUCGGGACAAGGAAGAAGAUGACGAAAAUAAGAAGCAUCGUGAGGCUAUUACGGAGAUGAGAGAAAACUACAUGAAGAAACUGGGUUCAUUGAGGAGAAUGCAUGCAAAGCAGUGGGAGGAUUUUCUUCAACUUGAUGCACAGAGGCGGCGACAACAACAACAUCAACAGCAGCAGCAGCAACAACCACAAUCACGCCAGCAAAUCUCUACUUCAGGCUAUGCUGGUUACAAACAGCAGGGGGGUUUUUCCAACUACGAUGGCUCUAAUGCAAAUUCUCAUUAUGUCGGGAACAAUGUACCAGUGGAGCCAAUGAACAGAUACCCAAACCAAACGGAAAACUACCCUUCAAGGCCUCAUGAUAAUUUUGGUGAGCUCCAACGCCAGAGGCGAGAAGAUUAUGGGAAAGCAUACACUCGAUUUUGAUUUGGUAUCCUGGAAUAACUUUAGGUAAGUUGCCUUGCUCUCCAGGUAAAAUUAGAUCAAAUGGUUGAUGUACAUAUCACUCAAUUUGUCCCAAUACAAUGGCAUAUCCUCCCCGUUCAAGUUCAUGGUAGUUAUGAGGACGGUGUGGGGGAAUUGAGAUGCCAAAAGUUAUGAUUAGAGAAAUUUAAUGAACUUUGCCAUUUGCAAUUAUUAGAGGUGGUUCGAUUUUGGUUUAGUGAUUGUAGUGGUGGGUUUGGGUUGUUGGGUAGGAAUGGUAUUCUUUUUUACAUGGUGACUUAAAUUUCACUGGAAAAAUUUUCAGGUCUGGUCAGUAGACGUAAUGCAAAAGGAGCUCCAAAUGUGGGGUAAGUAACUAAGGAAGUUAGUUGUGGCUUCGAAUGUCGAAGGAAAUUAUGAAAAAUAAUGCAGUGGAACAAUAUUAUGUUUUUUCUUUUAUUAGUUUAGGCACUGCGCAACUUGGAUGUUUUGAUAAAGUAACGAUUUCAUUUGUAGUUGGUAUUCAAAUUUCUUAUUUUAUGAAAGCGCUUUAUCAUAGGAA